AUGCAGAGCCAACCGACGUUCUUCGUAAAUGCUCGAGGCCUUGAAUUCUUCCGCCAGACCCUUGCUGCGAACCUGGACGGACAAUUCGAUUCAAGUUUCUGGAGCAAGCUUGUAUUACAACUAUCACACUCUGAACCAUCAGUUCGUCAUGCUGUGUCCGCCGUCAGCCACAUUUAUCGUGACGUUGAAUCAUCUUUACGACAUCCGGAAGGCUAUGUCAGUGCCAACCCCGAGGCUCAACGGGAGUGGAACAAAGCAAUAAGGAGCCUAUCAGCUCGGAUUCAAGCGCGUCCCAACUCGAAUUUGGUUCCUUUGGUCUGCUGCCUCUUGUUCACGUGUAUCGACUUGCUUAGGGGCAGCGUUGAAUCUUCAUUGCUUCACGUUGAAAGUGGACUCAACAUUCUAGCUGCAGCCCGCCGCAACAGCCAUGCAGACUAUGACCUAGGAUCCGAUACCUCGAAGAGCGAUUUGCAAACUAUUGAGGAUCACGUUGUUCCGGUGUUUGCGGGUCUGAGUGUCCUUAGUUCCCUCGCCGGCAGAACGACUCCGCCAAUAUACGCUCCAACAGCUGAAGAAGACUCUCCGCACGAAGACCUUGCCGAUUCUAGACGGCGGCUCAUCGAGGUCUCAGAUGCCUGCAUCCGUUUCAUUGGCGCAGUCAGCCUAAAGGCCGCGACUUUCCAAGUUGACGUCGAUGACUUGGUUGACCAGGUCAAACUUCAAACAAGGCUGGGCGCGUGGCGCGACCAGCUAGGCAGACUGGUGGAUCGAAUGCAGGCCCGAGACAAGCCAGUGAAGCAGGACGCGCUCAGCCUUCUUUUGGUACAUUACAAAGUCAUUUACAUCUGGCUGCGAGUCUGCACCACAGCUGGUGAAACGGCCACAGACUUCUACCUUGCCGACUUCGACGAGCUUGUGCACUACGCGGAGCAAAUCGCCAAGACACGUGCGGGCGUGGAAAUGGCAAGACCGCAACCGCUGUCUUUCGACAUUCAAAUCUUGGGGCCUCUUUACUAUGCCGCGCUGAAAUGCCGCCAUCCCGCGACACGACGACGCGCGCUGGAACUACUGCAAUUUGCGCCUCUGCGGGAAGGGCUGUGGAACGCACAUCACGCCUACCUGACCGCCAAACGAGUGAUUGAGCUGGAAGAAAGGGAUUUGAAAGGGCGCGAGUUGCCAGACGAGUCUUCGAGACUGCACGGCCUCGUCCUGCCUGAUGAUAUGUCACGGAUCGAUGGGCAGGGCGAGAUGCCUUUUGAUGUUCGGAGGUUCGACCACAGCAUCGUGCCCAGCCCAGCUUACCCAGGCACGCUUAAAGCUGUAUUUUGGACAAAACCGUGGGGGCUAUCGCGAGAGUGGCAGUCAAUCACGGAGUACAUAAAGAUAUAA